CUGCUUUGCGUCUGCAGCAAGCCUGCAGUCGGUCGACCAAACACGGCCAUGAGCUUCAGCAGAAGCAAGCACAAAAGAGCCUUCUUCUCCUGAGGUAGGUCCUGUGUGUGACCCCUGUGGGGGUGAAGAGCAGCAGUCAUGGGGACCAACAGCCAGGUGCGGCUGCUCCUCUGGAAAAACUGGACCGUCCGCAAGAGACAGAAGACGCGGCUCUUUAUGGAGAUUAUGUGGCCUGUGGUGCUAUUUAUUGGACUGGUUUGGCUGAGAAAAGCGAACCCCCUUUACAGACAACAUGAAUGUCAUUUUCCAAACAAAGCUAUGCCCUCAUCUGGCGUCCUUCCAUGGAUCCAGGGGAUCGUCUGCAAUGCCAACAACCCCUGUUUCCAGCACACGACUCGUGGAGAAUCUCCAGGCCUGGUGUCCAACUACAACAACUCAAUAUUGGCUCGUUUUUGGUCAGACGCACAGGAGCUGCUGUUUGAAGAUACCGAGUUUCUGCAGUUGGGACGGUUAUGGCAGGAACUUAUGGCUAUGAGCAGCUUUAUGGAUACUCUUCGGACCAAUCCUGAGGCAAUUGCAGGUCGAGGCAUAAAAGUGGAAGACAUUUUAAAGGAUGACGAAACUCUCACAGCAUACCUGCUCAGAGAUGUUCCUCUCACUGAAUCUGUGGUACAACAGCUGAUCAACUCACAGAUUCGACCCGAGCAGUUUGCGUAUGGAGUCCCUGAUCUCCAUCUGAAGGACAUUGCCUGCAGCCAGACUCUUCUGGAGCGUUUCCUCAUUUUCCCCAACCGCUGGGGCCUAUAUGCCGUCCGCAACGCCAUGUGUGUCCUCACACCGCAGCGUCUUCAAAUUAUCGAGGACAAAUUCUACGCCAACCUGGACUUCUUCAAGCUUUUCCGCCUGGUCAGUCUGUUGACACAUUUAGUGAAAACUAUAAUGCUGGAAAUGGCUUUGGGUGUAGAGGAUGAGUGGGUGUAAACUUAAAUCAUGUCCACUACACUUGAAUUCUAAAGUCCUUUCAUUCUUAAUCACAACCUAUCUAGUUAACUAAACUUAAACCACCAUUUAUUACAUGUGAAUUGUCAAGUCUUGUCAACUUUAACCGGAGUUAAAACAUCUUCACUAUUUAAGUGAAGUAAACGUAAAAUUUCUAGGCAGCACGAACACUUUAAGUUGAAACAUGAUGAUAUCUGGCAUCAACAAGGCAUUUGCGCCCACAGAUCUACUGCUCACUGGAUAUUUUCUCUUUUUCAGACCAUUCUCUGUAAACCCUAGAGAUGGUUGUGUGCGAAUGCCUAAAUGCUUUGAGUUGCUGUCAUGUGAUUGACUGACUAGAAAUAUGCGUUAACGCGCAGUUGUACCUAAUAAAGUGAGUAUAUAUUGA